CCUGAGGGAGGAGCAGAAGUAUCAGCAAUAAUCAACCCUAGAUCAAAGAUUUGAUUUGGGCUAUCCAACAAAAUGUUGAGGUUGUCUACUAGUUUAAUAAGAUUAGAUUGUGUUGGCAUAACUCUAAUAUAAGCCUGGUGCCCUGCUGUCACUUUUGCACUUUUGCAGUAGAAGAUAUUAAAGAGUGAGUGUUAAAUUAAAAACUGUGUAAGGCACAACAUGGUGAUAUAUAUGCCUAUAGGUUUGGUCAUACUGUCUUCUGAAAGUGUGUAGAGCCAAGACACUACAGGUAAAUAGGGUACACUUUUUAGCUAGCAGAUAUCACUCUUCCCCAGUUGAUUACUUCCAUUACAGUUUUUCUCAGUCGCUUUGGUACAUCCUUGAGAUGUGCAUUUCUCAAAACUAUUUGCAAAAGCCAGUUUCUUGCUCAAAAUCCUUAGUCCAUCUCUCAAAACCAAAUAUUUGUGUCAAUGAACGUGUCAGUGCAUCAGAAUGUCAAGUCCUUGUGUCAUCAAGUACGGAUAAGACAGUCAAAUGGCUUAGUCAUGUUGUCAGUAUAACAAUGUACUCUGGAGGGAUGUUCUGAUGUAGACUAUGGCUAAAAUUUGUAUGACAUUUUUUGUAAAUUGUAGGUUACACCUUAGUGUAUGUGGGAGUUAGAUCGACAAUAUUCACAUUUGCGCUUUUUUUGUGUUUUUUUACUGUAAUUUGUUGACAGACCCUAUCAUUGUGCUACAGAAAGGAAAAGACAGCACUAGUAUAAAGGGGAAAAAUUAAAUAUAGUAGAAAUUUCACCAUAGGACAAUCUCGUUAGGGAAAACUGUAAAUCCAGUGUUGUAGGAAUUACAGUGCAGACUUCCUACACCUCCUGAUGUUCCUGUCUUUUGGGCCACAAAUUGUCAUAUGACAACAUGUUCAACCAUUUUGCAUGUAAAGACUUACACUAUGAACUAAUGCCUAAAUGUUGUGGGGGUGAGACUAUUCAACAGAGACCCAUACAUUUUGAUCAACAUGACAUAAGCAAUUGAUAAUGUAGGAAAAACCAGAGAAUUGUUCAGAAUCAUUUGCAUGGAUGUACUGUACUAAAUUCGCAACUUGAUCAAAGCAAUGGAAAAACUGCUUUUUUGGCGUGCACAAGUGACACAAUGAUGUGAAGAUUGAACAGGUAGUUUUGAGAAAUUCAACUCUGAUCUGAGAAAUGUACCAAAGCAACUGAGAAAAACUGUAAUACCUGUAAGAAAAUGUAAUGUUUAGACAUGCAAAUUAGGCAUAAUCCAAUUAAAUCUGUGCUAAUUCGCAUACAUUUCAAAAGACAAAAUAUGAGCGUUGGAUAAAGCCAGGUAUAUAUGACGUUGGAUAAAGCCAGGUAAAUAUGAGUGUUGGAUAAAGCCAGGUGAGCGUUGGAUAAAGCAGGUAAAUAUGAGGUUUGGAUAAAGACAGGUAAAGCCAGGUUUGGCAUGCCCUGAGGAUGGUCGUCUGACUGAAAACUUGGCAAAUAAAUUGCAAAGGAUUUAAGUGUGCAGACAGUUUAUUUUGAGAACAUCUCCGUUGAGAGAACAUCUCUUCUCAUAGCACUACUACAGACAAUUGUACCCAUUGAUGCACUUAUUACACUGAUUGAUGCUUACUGUGUUUUUUUUAUUUGUUGCUAGAAGUGCUAUUAAAAGCUUAAAUGUUUUUAAAGGUCGGGUUGAAAUGACGGUGAAAUGACGGUGAAAUGACGGUGGUUCUUUACCUUGCUGUGGUGCAGGUGCUUCAGACAUGUUCAUGUAGAUCCCUCCACCCCCUGCAGCCAGACUUGUGGAACACUGCUGGCCUCCACCUGAGAGAGAGAGAGAGAGAGAGAGAGAGAGAGAGAGAGAGAGAGAGAGAGAGAGAGACAGGAUAACUACCAGUGGACAAUACAUUAUCCCUUACACAAUAGUCCAUUAAAAUAAUGUUUCUACCAUAUAUUGGCUAGUUGUAGCCUAAAAAUCCACACCCAAAUCUAGACAGAUUUAGGGUCUGACUCUGGGUAUUAGUAAUUAAAAUGGCCCAACUCGAAAGUAUGGAAAGGCAUAAAUUUAAAACACAAAGUCAAAGUUGAAGCUUAUGCGAAUGCACUCAGAGAACUGGCUAGAUCGUGUGACUUUGGAGCAUUUCAGUUUGAUAUGAUAUGUGUUGAGACUUGCAUCAAGAAGAAGGGCUCACUGCAAAGAAUGCUAACAGUAGAAUUUUUUUUUUAAAGCUAGCACUAUCUGAUAAUGAGAGUGAUAGCCACGAGAACUUCAAUAGGAGCAGCUGCGCACCACGCUGUGCUUACAAAAAGAAAUGAAAAGGAAAGGACAUGGGACAGAGGCAGAUAAGAAUUAAAGUGAUCCUAGAUGCCGAUGAAUGUGGAGAUGGAACAGCUAAGUCAGUGCUGCAUGUAGUUCACUAUGCUUUCUUUGGUGAUAAGAAUCUGAAAAGACGUUCUGGCUGUAAAACCGUGUGUUCAAUGUUUGUAGAUGUUUAAGAAACGGCAUCAUCUGUGGAGAGACAAUACCUCUGUUGAAAAAGAAAAAAAAUCACAGUGAUCCCCUACCAGUUCAGUAUAGUGAAGCAUGGUGCCCUGGUGAAAGAAAUCACAUCCCAGUUUCUAAGAUGAGAGAUUACAAUUGAAUUAACCUUGGGUACAUAAUUGGGUUGUCUUUAAUUCAUAUUGGUGUUCACAUCACAUGAAUAUUUCACAGUUUGUCUUUUCAUGGUUGUUUACAGUAAUGUUGUGAGGAUUCAAAUGAAAUGUGGUGCAAUAGCUCCCUCUACUACAGGUUCUAACUCACCCUGUUUGAAGGAAGUGGGGAAUGCACUCUUGCCUCCUACUGUAACUUCUAACUGUUUAAUUCUUUCCUUCUCUGUACCCCUGUCUUCCCGUCUCUUAUCUUUAUUUGUCCUAUCUAUCCCCCCUGGUGCUGGGCUCAACAUGGACAAUGUCACAGCUCAACCCAGGCUUUGAGUGGAGGAAGGACCCUGCCACAGCAAGUAGGGGGUGUGAGGCCAGCAGGGCUGCUGGGUUAAACAUGGCCAAUGUCACAGCUCAGCCUGGAGGGAUGGAGAGCACCCUGGCACUGAGUGGAGGAGCAGCCCUGUCACAGCAAGGAGCAGUAACAGCAGCCCUUAAGGAAGUGCUGAGGAAGACCCUGGGGGACCUUACGGAUGCCGACUUCAAGACAUUUAAGCAUCGCCUACGAGACCAGGGUCAAUUUGCAUGGGGAGAGCUGGAGAAGGCUGACAGAGACGAAACCGUGGAUUUGCUGGUGCAGACGUACCCCAUGGAAGCUGGAGGCGUCAUGGUGACCACCUUGCAGAAGAUGAACCACAACCAGCUGGCUAUAGACCUGGAGAGGAAUCUGGCAACAUCUGGAGACCAGCAGAGUUCUGCAGGGGGUGGAGGGAGCAACAUGUCUGGAGCACCUGCACCACAGCAAGCUGGAGACCAGCAGAGUUCUGCAGUGGGUGGAGGGAUCAACAUGAACAUGUCUGGAGCACCUGUGCCACAGCAAGGUUGUGGUGCAGCAAAGUCGAUACUGAAACAGAAGCUCAAAAGGCACUUAAGAACCAAGUUUUCUGCCGUUCAUCAAGACCAUGAGGUUAAAAAUCUUGACGAUAUCUAUACUGACCUUUACAUUGUUGAGGGCUGCACAGGUGGGGUCAACAGUACACACGAAGUGUCGACAAUUAACAUGAAACAAAUUGGGAGAGGAUCAAGUUUUGACAAGCACAUUCAGUGGGAUAACAUGUUCACUGACAGGCAGAUCACAAAACUUUUGACUUUGGGAAUUGCUGGUGUGGGGAAAACUGUUGCAGUGCAGAAGUUUGUCAUGGAUUGGACUGAAGGAAAAACAAAUAAAGACAUUGACUUUGUUUUUGUUCUUCUGUUUCGAGAGCUGAACUUAUUGAAAAAAUCCUACACAUUUCUUGAACUCCUCCUUGAAUUCUACACUGAACUCAAAGAUUUGAGAGAUUUCCCUCAAUUCACUGAAUGCAAAAUUAUUUUUGUCCUCGAUGGUCUGGACGAAAGCAGGCUCACCCUAGAAUUUGAAAAGUGCAUUAGUGAACUCAAUGAGAAGACCUCUGUGGACGUCCUCAUGACAAGUCUCAUUAAGGGCAAGCUACUGAACUCUGCACACAUCUGGGUUACAACCAGACCAGCAGCGGCCAGUCUGAUCCCAGAUGAGUGCUUCAACUUGGUGACAGAGGUGAGAGGAUUCAAUGAUGACCAGAAAGAUCAAUUCUUUCAGAAGAACAUAAACAAUCCUGAGAAAGCUGAUAAACUCAUUACUCAUGUCAAGAAGAAUAGAAGCCUCCACAUCAUGUGUCACAUACCAGUGUUCUGCAGGAUUAUAGCCAGUGUGGUAGAUGCAAUACUGGCAGAUCAGAGCAAAGACGAACAAGCCAAAACCUUGACAGAAACAUACACACAGUACUGUGCGUCUCAGAUGAAACGAAUGAAUGAUAAACACUUGGACAAGAAGAAGAAGAUGAAUGAAAAGAAAAAAGGGAUGCUCCUUGUUAAGCUUGGGAAACUGGCAUUCAACAAUCUGGAGAAAGGCAAUCUGAUAUUCUAUGAGAAAGACUUUCAAGAUUGUGGUAUUGAUGUCAAGUCUGGAUCAUUACAGGCUGGAGUUUGUACAGAAAUUUUCAAAGAGGAGUAUGCUGUAGCUGAAGAGAAAAUAUUCAGCUUUGUGCACUUAAGUGUGCAGGAGUUCUUGGCAGCUCUUUAUGUUCUGCACAAAAAUGCAACUUGUUAUUUGAGAAACCGCAUCCCUGACACAUGGAGGAAGACGGACCACUGGCUGUAUUCACCCUCAAGGUUUGACCUUUACCAGAUUGCUGUGGACAAGGCCCUGCAGAGCCAGAAUGGACAUUUGGAUCUUUUUGUCCGCUUCGUCCUUGGCCUGGCUCCAAUGUUGGAGCCUCAAAUCAGGUUCCCCCUGAAUAAGCUGUUGCCACAGUUAGCAAUCAGAGAAACAAGCAUCGAGAACACAGUUCAAUACAUAAAAGAAUUGAUCAAGAGAGACUACCCACCAGAACGGACCAUCAACCUCUUCCACUGUUUGAAUGAGCUUGGGGACAACUCACUGGUUGAGGAGAUCAAUGGGUACAUAAACUCAGCAGACGAGAAUAAGAAUCUGACUCCAGCCCAGUGUUCAGCUCUGGCUUAUCUGCUGCUCAUGUCAGCUACAGACAUGGAGGAGUUUGAUCUGAAGAAAUACCUGAGAUCAGAGGAAGGGCUCCACAGAAUGCUCCCUGUAGUGACGGUCUCAAAGAGAGUUUGGCUGAAUCAGUGUCAACUCACUAAACCAAGCGGUAAACUGUUAGCAUCAGUGCUACAAAGGACACCUUCCCAUCUGAGAGAACUGGACAUGAGUGACAAUGACCUUCAGGAUAAAGGAGUGGACCCGCUUUUUGAAGCACUUGGAGAUCCACAGUGCAAGCUGGAGAUACUGAGACUUGUUGGCUGUGGACUCACUGAGAAGUCUGGAGGUGUUUUGGCCUUUGCCCUGCAGUCAGUAAACUCCCACUUGAGAGAGCUGGACUUGAGUAAGAAUGCUCUGGGGGAUUGUGGAGGAAAGCUGGGCUCUGGAACGCUGAAUCCACACUGUACGAUGGAGACACUCAGACUUGCUGGUUGUAAACUGUCAGAGAAACCCUGUGAGGUUGUAGCCUCUGCUGUGCAGCACAUGGUCUCCCUGACAGAACUGGACCUGAGUGACAAUCACAUGAACAUCACUGGAAUUCAGCUUCUGAAUGCAGGGAUGUGUAGCCCCAACUGUAAACUGCAGAAAUUAAGACUUGUUGGCUGUGGACUCACUGAGAAAUCUGGCAAUAUUUUGGCCUUUGCCCUGCAGUCAGUAAACUCCCACCUGAGACAGCUGGACCUGAGUAAGAAUACUCUGGGGGAUUGUGGAGGAAAGCUGGGCUCUGGAACGCUGAAUCCGUACUGUAAGAUGGAAACACUCAGACUUGCUGGUUGUAAACUGUCAGAGAAACCCUGUGAGGUUGUAGCCUCUGCUGUGCAGCACGUGGUGUCUCUGACAGAGCUGGACCUGAGUGGCAAUCACAUGAACAUCACUGCAGUUCAGCUUCUGGAUGCAGGGAUAUGCAGCCCUAGCUGUGAACUGCAGACAUUAAGACUUGCUGACUGUAAGCUAACAGAGAAGUCCUGUGAGAUUGUGGCCUUAGCUCUGCAGUCUGCAAACUCCCCCUUAAGAGAGCUGGACCUGAGUCAGAAUGACCUGCAGGAGUCAGGAGAAAAGCUGCUCUCUGCUCUACAGAGUCCAAAGUGCAAACUGGAGACACUGAGACUUGUUGGCUGUGGACUCACUGAGAAGUCUGGAGGUAUUGUGGCCUUUGCCCUGCAGUCAGUAAACUCCCACCUGAGAGAUUUGGACUUGAGUAAGAAUACUCUGGGGGAUUGUGGAGGAAAACUGGGCUCUGAAGCACUGAAUCCGCACUGUAAGAUGGAGACACUCAGACUUGCUGGUUGUAAACUGACAGAGGAAUCCUGUGAGGUUGUAGCAUCUGCUGUGCAGCACAUGGUCUCCCUGACAGAACUGGACCUGAGUGACAAUCACAUGAACAUCACUGCAGUUCAGCUUCUGAGUGCUGGGAUAAGUCACUCCAACUGUAAACUGCAGAUAUUAAGACUUGCUGGUUGUAAACUGCCAGAGGAAUCCUGUGAGGUUGUAGCCUCUGCUGUGCAGCACAUGGUCUCCCUGACAGAACUGGAUCUGAGUGGCAAUCACUUAAACAUCGCUGGAGUUCAUCUUUCAAGUGCAUUGAAAGGUGACAUCGACUGUAAGCUACAGAUAUUGAGACAUGCCCGUGGAGAACUGAGAAAAUAUGCCUGUGAGCUCACACUGGACCCAAACACAGCACACAAAAAACUCUCUCUCUCUGAGGGGAACAGAAAGGUGACAUGUGUGAGUGAGAGGCAGCCGUAUCCUGACCACCCAGAGAGAUUUGACAUCAAAGUUCAGGUGCUGUGUAGAGAGGGUCUGACUGGACGCUGCUACUGGGAGGCUGAGCUGAGUGGUGAUACGACUGAUAUAGCAGUGGCCUAUAAAAGCAUCCAGAGGAAAGGAAAGAGUGAGGACUGUGCGGUUGGAUGUAAUGCCAAGUCCUGGAGUCUGCAGUGCUCUGGUGACGGGUACUCUGCCUAUCACAAUAAUAAUAAGACUGCCAUACCUGCCCCCUCCUCCCGCUCCAGCAGAGUAGGAGUGUACCUGGACUGGCCAGCAGGCACUCUGUCCUUCUAUAGCGUGUCCUCUAACACACUCACCCACCUGCACACGUUCCACUCCACAUUCACUGAGCCCCUCUAUCCUGGGUUUAUGGUUUGGCCUGACUCCUCAGCCUCCCUGUGCCAGAUCACAUGACCUCCUAAUCCUGCAGGAGAGGAGAGCCACACACUCCUGUCCAUACACUCCUGUGUGUGUGCGUGUGUCUGUGUGUAUGUGUGUGUGUGUGUGUGUGUGUGUGUGUGUGUGUGUGUGUGUGUGUGUGUCCUCUCUGUAGCAUCCUCCCUUCUCCUGUUUCUAUAUCUGUUUCAACCCUCAUUUUCUUCCUCUCCCUGACACACAGAUUUCUGUCUUUUGUCCUUUUUUCUUUAAAUAUUUGACCAUUUUUUGUAUUUUUUUCUGACAUUCUAAUGCUUCAUUUUUUGUCCUUUUUUUAUUUGAUUUUCAUUUUUGACAAGUAAGUUAGACAAGAAUCCAACCAGACCAAACGUGUCAUAUAUCAGAUCAAACAAUCUGUGUGUUGAA